ACUAAAACAAGUGAUCCUUAUAGAUAGAACGUAUUGUAUGCAAAAGUAAAGAGUGAUGGAGGAAGAGAAUAAAGGGAGCAUCGUGAGGAGCAUAGGAAGAAGCUUGAGUAGGGCAGCUGGGAGUUUAGGAAUUGACGAUGUGUUCUCCAUCAGUGGGGCUGGAAGCCUUCGCAGCAGGCGAAGCAGCCGUCACUCUGUCGAAGACGAGGAGGCGUUACGAUGGGCUGCUUUGGAGAAACUCUCCACCUACAAUCGCUUACGAACUACCAUCUUCAAGCCUUGGGCGGAUCAACAGGAAAUGCCAACAGACAAGAUGUUGUUGGAUGUACGAGAGCUAGACCCAAAUGCCCGACAACAGUUCAUUGACUCGAUCUUUAAGGUUGCCGAAGAUGAUAACGGAAGGUUCUUAAGAAAGUUCAGAGAUCGUGUUGAUAAGGUUGGCAUCUCUCUUCCAACCGUAGAAGUUCGGUUCCAAAACUUGACCAUAGAAGCAGACUGCUACAUCGGCGAUAGAGCACUUCCAUCACUACCAAACGCGGCCCGAAAUACUGUUGAAUCUCUUUUGAAUUAUAUUGGGAUCAAUUUGUCUAAGAAAACUAAACUCACCAUCCUUAAAGAUGUAUCCGGAAUCAUCAAACCAUCAAGAAUGACACUUCUAAUGGGUCCACCAUCUUCUGGGAAGACAACACUAUUGUUGGCUAUGUCUGGAAAGCUCGACUCAAGCUUAAAGGUUAAAGGAGAGAUUACCUACAAUGGUCAUAAGCUCAAUGAAUUUGUACCUCGAAAAACAUCCGCCUACAUUAGCCAGAAUGAUGUUCAUGUGGGAGAAAUGACCGUCAAGGAAACUUUAGAUUUCUCAGCAAGGUGCCAAGGAGUCGGAUCUAGAUUAGAAAUGCUGACCGAACUUGCAAGAAGAGAGAAGCAAGCUGGGAUUUUCCCAGAGGCUGAAGUAGACCUUUUCAUGAAGGCAACUGCCAUAGAAGGGGAUGCAAGCAAUUUGAUUACUUACUACACUCUUAGAAUAUUAGGCCUGGAUGUCUGUCGAGACACCUUUGUUGGCGAUGCAAUGAGACGAGGAAUCUCUGGAGGACAAAAGAAGCGAGUAACUACAGGAGAAAUGCUUGUUGGGCCAGCAAAAACUCUAUUCAUGGACGAGAUAUCUACCGGCCUAGACAGCUCAACUACGUUUCAAAUAGUAAAAUGUUUGCAGCAAGUUGUGCAUCUCACUGAGUCAACAAUCAUGGUGUCUCUACUACAACCUGCUCCAGAGACCUUUGAUCUGUUUGAUGACAUCGUACUACUUUCUGAGGGCCAAAUUGUAUAUCAAGGACCAAGAGAUAAUGCACUUGAGUUCUUUGAAAGCUGUGGAUUCAUGUGUCCUGAGAGAAAGGGCAUUGCUGACUUCUUGCAAGAGGUUACAUCCAGAAAAGAUCAAGAGCAAUAUUGGGCAAACAGAAGCAUGUCAUACAGAUACAUUCCUGUAAGUGAAUUUGUUCAACGAUUUAAGAGUUUCCAUAUUGGCGAGAAACUAAAGAACGAGUUGGCAAUCCCUUAUGAUAAGAACCAAAGUCACAAAGCAGCUCUUGUCUUCAAGAAAUACUUAGUCUCCAAAAGGGAUCUACUCAAGGCCUCAUGGGAUAAGGAAUGGCUACUUUUGAAGAGAAACGCUUUUGUUUACAUUUUCAAAAGUGUCCAGUUCAUUAUUUUAGCUUUUGUCUCGAUGACUUUAUAUUUUAGGACCAAAAUGCACACAAGGAAUGAAGAUGAUGGUUCCAUCUAUAACGGUGCACUUUUGUUAAGCUUGCUUAUAAACAUGUUUAAUGGUCUAGCUGAAAUCUCCCUCACCAUAGCCAGGGUUCCUGUAGUUUUCAAGCAAAGAGAUCUUUUGUUCCACCCAACAUGGGUUUACACACUUCCGACAUUCUUGCUUCGUUUACCAAUAUGUUUGUUAGAGAGUAUUUCUUGGAUGGCCAUACUAUAUUACGGUGUUGGCCUUGCCCCUGAAGCUAGCAGGUUCUUCAAGCACUUCUUGUUGGUUUUUUUAAUCCAGAAUGUGGGAGGGGGACUUUUUAGGCUCAUAGCUGGAGUGUGUAGGACAAUGAACAUUGCAAACACAGGGGGAACCCUUGCACUUCUACUCAUAUUUCUCUUAGGGGGUUUCAUCCUUCCUAAAGCUCAAAUUCCUAACUGGUGGGAAUGGGCAACUUGGGCAUUACCAUUGUCUUAUGGAUUUAAAUCAUUUGCGAUAAAUGAGUUCUUGGCUCCUCGGUGGAUGAACAAAAAGAGUUCGAAUAACGUAACUAGCUUGGGGAUAGCAAUACUAGAAAACAUGGAUAUCCCAACACAAAAAAGCUGGUAUUGGAUUGGUGCUGCCUCUCUUAUAGGAUUCAUAUUUCUUUUUAACAUUCUCUUCACAUUUGCUCUAAUGUAUUUAAACUCCCCUGGAAAACCACAAGCAAUUAUCUCCAAAGAAGCAGACACAAGCAUGGAAACACAACAUAAUACCAACCAACAAGAAAGACACAAAACAAUUGCAACUGAGAGAGAUAGAAAUAUUGAAAUGCAGUCCGUAACAAGCCAAUAUGUUUCUUCUAAUUCUGAUGGUGUUGCUCGUAAGAAAGGAAUGGUUUUGCCAUUUGCUUCACUCGCCAUGUCAUUUGACAACAUGAGUUAUUUUGUCGAUAUGCCCCAAGAAAUGAGAGAACAAGGGGUGGCGGAAAAUAGAUUGCAGUUACUUCGAGACGUAACUGGUGCCUUUAGGCCUGGAGUGCUAACUGCAUUGAUGGGAGUUAGUGGAGCUGGUAAGACAACAUUAAUGGAUGUUUUGGCAGGAAGAAAGACAGGUGGUUAUAUUGAAGGAGAUAUUAGAAUAUCAGGAUUUCCAAAGAAACAAGAAACAUUUGCGAGAAUUUCUGGAUACUGUGAGCAAACCGAUAUCCACUCUCCUCAUAUCACUGUUCAUGAAUCUUUGAUUUACUCGGCGUUCCUUCGGCUCCCAAAUGAGGUUGGAAAUGAAGAAAAGAUGCUUUUUAUACGUGAAGUGAUGGAGCUUGUUGAACUAGACAAACUCAAGGAUGCAAUAGUGGGACUUCCAGGAAUCAAUGGUUUGUCAACAGAACAAAGAAAGAGGCUAACAAUUGCUGUAGAGCUUGUUGCUAAUCCUUCCAUCAUUUUCAUGGAUGAACCAACUUCUGGGCUUGAUGCAAGAGCAGCAGCCAUUGUUAUGAGAGCUGUGAGAAACACUGUGGACACAGGGAGAACUGUUGUUUGCACAAUUCAUCAACCUAGCAUUGAUAUUUUUGAAUCAUUUGAUGAGUUGUUGCUGAUGAAAAGAGGAGGGCAAGUGAUCUAUGCAGGACCAUUAGGUCGUAACUCUCAAAAAAUCAUAGAAUAUUUUGAGGAAAUUCACGGGGUUCCAAAGAUUCCUGAAAAAUACAAUCCAGCUACUUGGAUGUUGGAAGUAAGUUCCGGUGCUGCAGAGAUCCGACUCGGUAUCAAUUUUGCAGAGCACUACAUUUCAUCAUCUUUAUAUCAGAGGAACAAGGCGUUAGUGAUGGAGUUAAGCACACCACUUUCUGGAGCAACAGAUCUUCAUUUUGGAACACAAUAUUCUCAAUCUUCAUGGGGACAAUUCAAGUCUUGUAUAUGGAAGGUGUGGUUGAGUUAUUGGAGAAAUCCAGAUUAUAACCUUGUUCGUAACAUCUUCACCUUAGCCGCUGCACUAAUGGUUGGAACAAUAUUUUGGAAAAUUGGCAAAAAAAGAGAGAGCAACAACAAUGUGAACGCAAUCAUCGGGGCCAUGUAUAGUGCGGUUUUCUUUGUAGGUAUGAACAACUGUCAGACCGUGCAACCAGUUGUUGCCACAGAAAGAAUAGUCUUUUAUAGAGAAAGAGCAGCUGGGAUGUAUUCAUCCUUUCCAUAUGCCAUGGCACAGGUCUUGGUAGAGAUCCCGUACGUAUUAUUUCAAACAACAUAUUACACUUUGAUAGUGUAUGCCAUGGUGUCAUUCGAAUGGAAUGCAGGAAAAUUCUUUUGGUUUUUUUACGUCAUCUUCUUUUCAUUUCUGUACUUCACAUACUACGGAAUGAUGACUGUUUCCAUCACACCAAACGAGCAAGUGGCAGCGAUAUUUGCAGCUUCAUUCUAUGCAAUUUUCAAUAUAUUCUCAGGGUUUUUCAUCCCUAGACCAAAAAUUCCUAAGUGGUGGGUGUGGUAUUACUGGAUUUGUCCAUUGGCGUGGACUGUGUAUGGAUUCAUGAUAUCACAGUAUCAUGAUGUUGAGAACAAGAUCAUGGUUCCUGGGAUGGCAUAUGAACCACCAAUGAAUUCAUAUAUUGAAGAUCACUACGGUUACAGAUCAGAUUUCAUGGGUCCUGUUGCUGCAGUUCUAAUCGGGUUUUGCUUAUUGUUUGCUUUCGUUUUUUCCCUGUGCUUAAGGAUAUUGAACUUCCAAAUGAGAUAAGCCUAAACCACAUGACCGUCCUAUCAUGUUUAUGUUUUUCAAUUUCAGUAUAUCUUUAGAACUUGGUUGUAUUAGAUCAUUAUGCAUUAUCUGAAAAUCCUUUUUGGGCUUUUAUAAGGAUAUUAAAUGUAGGUUACUAUAUUUGAAAUUAGGAGUGCAAACAUGUUGGUAAAACCCACAAUAUCAAGCAACUACUUGGACAUAUA